AUGCCACCGCAGAGCAGAGGCACACCGCCACAGCCGCUCCAGGUGCCGACCGGCUUCCAAUCCAAAUCCACUCCGAAUCUCCCUACCCUACGAUCACUCGCGGGCAAACGCAAUGCCACCGCUGCUGCCAACGUCACUGUCACUGCCAAUGCCACACCAGCAACGCUACACCCCCAUCAUGCUCUCGCCAUCUCGCCAGAUAUCUCCGGCGACAACAUCACCUCGCCCUCGGAGCCGGCGUCGAUCGACGACUUCUCCCUAGACUCCACCCACGAACACCCCUCGCUCUCGCCCGCCUCCUCGAUUGAAGAUUCCGGAGAGGACGAGGAUGGACACGUCCCACAUCUGCCACAGAGGCCCAUAUACCACCAUCACUCGCGGAGCCAUACCUACUUGGCGCCCUCCGCCUUCGCGCCGCCCUUCUACAAUCGCCCACCCACGCCGCUCCCACCCUCACCCUCUUUGACUUCACUCCUGAGGCCGAACUUCAGCUCGCAAAAUAGUCGACCAGGCACACCAGACCCAUCCAGCGAUGAAGGCACGUCACACAUGCGAGGGGAUGCCACCGGCGCACAAACGCCGAAUUCUGCCGCUGCGUCGGCAUUGACCAGCACCUUUCGCUCUGCGAAGCCCAUUCCAAGAGCGAGCCCCAAAGUACCAACGUACGAAUAUUGGGGCUUCACGCUCUACCUGACAAGCAGUCUGGCCUUCAUCGUCUAUAUCUUAUGGGCCUUCUUGCCGUCCCCAUUCCUCCAUCAGCUUGGCAUCUACUACUUCCCCGACCGCUGGUGGGCGCUCGCAAUCCCCGCAUGGACCGUCAUGCUCAUCGUCUACAUCUAUGUCGCGCUGGCAUCCUACAACGUGGGCUAUCUGACACUGCCCCUGAAGAACGUCGAAUGCCUCGUUGACGAAGCCGCCAACGUCGCGGUCGUGGAUGAGACCGGCAAGAUCAUCCGGAACGAGCAAGCAAGUUGGCUGAGCGGAGCUCCAGAUGCCGGGAAACAGAAGGGCAGCGUGGGCAAGAAGUCAGGUGGGAAAGUGAAGCCGAAUCCGCAGUCCAGCUACAAUGCUCCACAACCGGAGCUUGACUGGCGGAGCCUGUGGAACGAGGGAACGGAUGCGGUGAUGGAUAUACCCAUUGGUGGCGUUUGUGAGAUUCUGUACGGCGCGCAUGACGAGGAUGAUGAUACCCUGUAUGAUGAUGAGUAA